GAAAGGCUCUUCCUUUCUGCCUGCUCUGCUCCUGCAAAAGGGUUUUGGCCUUUUGGGGUUUUGGCAUAUUUUGCUCUCGGUAGCACCGAGUUCAAUGUUUCUUCCCACCGGCCGAUUAUGCCGCCGUACCCGUUUCUACGCACUCACCGUUAAUCCCGCCUCCACCCCUUCUUUCCAAUCCUCUUGCGCUAGUUCUCGCAAUCUCCAUUCCUGCUCCUCCGUCCUCCCGGCGAUCAGCUCUAUCUCCCGCCUUCUGUUCGCCAGUUUCGUUCAUCGCUAUGCAGCAGCAGCAGCAGCUACUUCUUCCCUUCUGGUUCGGGAUCCCAAGUUCGCGAGACAUUUCUGCUCAGGAGCGAGCAGCGGCGGGGAUGGUGGUGCCUGGACGGAGGAGAUUGAGUAUUUGGACGAGUCCGGCAGUCUAAUUUAUGCCGGGAAAGGAGUGAGGGCAGUGGAACCUGGAAUCGACGACCAUGUGAUGAUUGGUGGGCUGAAGAAGCCGAUCCUGAACGCUUCUGCGGUGGCCAAAAUCGUUGAGGUUGCGAAGAGAUGGAGAUGGGGUCCUGAAUUGGAAACCCAACUGGACAAUCUGCAAUUCGUGCCGACCAUGACCCACGUCAUUCAAGCCAUGAAACUCAUUGAGGAUCCUGGUGCAUUGUCGAGUUUGUUCAAAUGGGGUAAGAGGCAGCCAUGGUAUGUCCCCAGUGACGAGUGCUAUGUCAUGUUGUUUGACGGGUUGAAUCGAAGCAGAGAUUUUGAUGCCAUUCAGUUGUUGUUUGAUGAGCUGGUUCGAGAUUCAAGUGAAGCCCAGGUUCCUUCUUCGUUUGGUGCGCACAAUAGGGUGAUCCAGCAUUUGGCUAAAGCUGAGAAGCUGGAGGUGUCAUUUUAUUGUUUCAAGAAAGUUCAGGAUUCGGGCUGUAAGAUUGAUACACAGACAUAUAACGCGUUGAUAACUCUGUUUCUGAACAAGGGUCUGCCUUACAAAGCAUUUGAGGUAUAUGAGAGAAUGGAAGCAGCAAAUGCUUCUCUCGAUAGGUCAACGUAUGAGAUGAUGAUACCAAGCUUGGCAAAAUCAGGAAGGCUUGAUGCAGCUAAUCAGUUGUUUCAACAGAUGAAGGAAAGGAAAAUUCAACCAAGCUUUGGGAUUUUCUCAGCCCUCGUUGAUUCCAUGGGUAAAGCAGGGAGGUUGGACACAUCCAUGAAAAUUUACAUGGAAAUGCAGGGUUUUGGACACAGGCCAUCUGCGACCAUGUUUGUUUCUUUGAUAGAAUCGUACACCAAGUCCGGGAAGCUAGAUAGAGCUCUGCGGCUAUGGGAUGAGAUGAAGUUGACGGGUUUCAGGCCUAACUUCGGCUUGUAUACAUUGAUAAUCGAGUCCCAUGCAAAGUCCGGGAAGCUGGAUAUUGCAAUGUCUAUUUUCAGCGAUAUGGAAAAAGCUGGGUUUCUACCAACCCCAUCAACAUAUUCCUGUCUUCUGGAGAUGCAUGCUGCUUCUGGACAAGUAGAUUCUUCCAUGAGGCUGUAUCACUCAAUGGCUAGUGCAGGCCUUAGACCAGGUUUGAGUACCUACACUUCCCUUCUAACCCUUUUAGCCAAUAAAAAACUCGUUGAUGUGGCGGCCAAAAUCUUACUGGAAAUGAAAAGUAUGGGGUUCUCUGUUGACGUCAGUGCCAGUGAUGUUCUAAUGGUGUACAUAAGGGAUGGUUCAGUUGAUCUUGCUCUGAGGUGGCUGCGUUUCAUGGGUUCUUCUGGGAUUAGGACGAAUAACUUCAUAAUCAGACAGCUCUUUGAGUCUUGUAUGAAGAAUGGUUUGUAUGAACAGGCCAAGCCACUAAUCGAGACUUACAUAAACUCUGCUGCUAAAGUGGAUCUAAUCCUUUAUACUUCUAUACUAGCCCAUCUUGUUCGGUGCCAAGAUGAGCAUAAGGAGAGGCAUCUUAUGUCAAUUUUGGGCAGUACGAGGCACAGGGCCCAUGAGUUUAUGUGCGGGCUGUUCACCGGCCCUGAACAGAGGAAACAACCAGUGCUGUCCUUUGUCAGGGAGUUCUUUCAAGGAAUAGACUAUGAGUUGGAGGAAGGAGCGGCGAGGUACUAUGUGAAUGUUCUGCUCAAUUACUUGGUCCUGAUGGGACAGAUUAACCGAGCGAGAUGUGUUUGGAAAGUGGCUUAUGAGAACAAGUUGUUUCCAAAGGCCAUUGUGUUUGAUCAGCACAUCGCUUGGUCACUGGAUGUGAGGAACCUCUCAGUGGGGGCCGCUCUGAUAGCAGUUGUGCACACACUCCAUAGGUUCAGGAAGCGGAUGCUGUACUAUGGGGUGAUACCGCGACGCAUCAAAUUGGUCACAGGGCCGACUCUGAAGAUUGUGGUGGCUCAGAUGCUGAGUGGGUUGGAGUCACCCUUUGAGGUGAGUAAGGUGGUACUAAGAGCGCCAGGGGAUGGGGUGAUGGAGUGGUUUAAGAAGCCCAUUGUACAGCAGUUUCUGGUGAAUGAGAUUCCGUCAAGAGCUGACAUACUCAUGCACAAACUCAACAUACUAUUCCCUAGUUCUGCGCCUGAGAUCAGAUCACUCGCCCCUCCCAAACCACUUAUGUCUGUGGGUGCGAACAGGGCUAUGUAAAAGGUAAUGAUCAAGUCUGUUUUAGCUUUUCUGAAAAAAGUGUCUUUUUUAGAAGUAGAAGUUUGAGGGAAGUGUUUCGUAAGGUUUAAGAAAAUGUAGAUGUAAUGGGAAAUGAGAUAGUUUUUUGUAAUAUAAAUGGAUAUUGAUGGGAUGAUAGUACAUUCCUGCUUGAGUGUUCACUCAUGUCAGAUUGCUAUUUGUUACCCUGUUGCAGCCUAGGAAAGUUGUUUCAAGAACACAACAGGACUGUGGUAACCUCCUCGAACGGUGGGUUUGCUUCAUUGCCUACUUACGUUGAAUCUGCAAUGACAGCACUGUGAUUAAGCAGCUAGUCAGUGAGCUAAGCUCAUCAGGAUCAUGAAUCCAGCUCGUUCAAAAACGGUGCUGAUUUAAGAUGAUACCCUAACGUAAAGUAGACUUCUUCAUACAGUCUCAGUGAGGAUCAUUAUGUGGAUGUUUGCUUGAACUCUGCUGGUGCAUAUGUAUCAAAUCACAGGAUGAUAGAAAAGUUAGGCAAGUGAGCAUAUGAUAGGGUGAGGUCCACAAUGCAGUUUGGGCUCCAUGGAACUCCAAGGUGGUGACGUUGCGUUGACAAGGCGGGGUGGAUAAGUGAGAAAGACCAACUGAUUCAUCUAAUGGAACGAGAGAUGACAGAGAGGGCAUACGGGAAGGGUACAGGUUGGAGAAAAAAGUUUAUUUCUCCAACUGGAUUCCCCAUAUGUGCUAUUCGAAGUUAGAGAAGAAUCAAGAGAGCACUUGCUCUUUAGCUGUGAAUAUCAAAAUAACUUUUGUUCAAUCUGUUUGUUCAAAUUGCUGACAUUGCAAUUAGGGUUGAGUGGCUUGAAAAUCUGGCAGCUCCGUGUGAUUUGUCGAAUCAAGUUAGUGAUAGAGGAAGAAUCUCGAGGGCUGUAUGGUGUGCUUUGGUCUCUACUUUAUUGAAAGAACAUUGUCGCAUGGUGCAUGAAAAAGCUCGGAGAAGUGGUGCAGCUCUCAUCAUCGCCUUCAGGGUUGACAUCUCGCUGCAUCUAUGGGGUAAACCCGGUAUGGAGAGUGAAUUUCAGGAACUUCAAUUCUUACUUCGUAGGCUAUGUUUGCUGCUGCUCUACUGCUGCUUCUGUUUUGGGGGAGUAGUUUCAGUUUAGACGAAUAUAGCAAUGCUCUGUUUUUAUGGUUUCCUGUUGCAGCGUUUACAAGUUUGAGCUAAUAGAAUUCAACGAAUUGAUCGAAAAAGUUUAAGAGUAGCAUUUACAAGUUUGUUUCCCUUGUUGAGGCCUUGUAUGAAUUUAGUAAAGAGUGGUAAAAUAUAGGAACGAAUUGCUAUCUGCAAAUCUGUCUGACAGAAGUCCAUUUGAGUAGUCAUAAAUUCUUUUCUUUUGAAUGAAGCUGUGGGAAAUUGGAUUGGUUGGCAGGGAAAUCAUGAAAUGUGACAGAAAAUAACUUUAUAAUAGAUAUACGUUUUGGGUUCUUUGUUGUUCUCUUCAAGCACAAUGAGUGCCUUUUCUACUAAAUCUUAUUUCCCAACAGCACACAGCGACGCAAAAAGGAGCGGGAUUCAUUCAUGCUGCUUGUAGCAGCAAUCUAGGGCUGCUAGAAAGUAGUUUUGAUAUUUUACUUUGCAAUUCAUGAUCAAGCAACAAAGGACAGCAGUUGACAUGGUCUUGUCAAUUCGCAGUGGAAAAGUCUCUGCUGCUGCGUUGGUGCCUACCUAUAUCCUCGGAUUGCAGCUGUGAUUAGUUCCCACAGUGUGAAAGAGAACACUGGCUGCGACGGAGAUAUGAUGAUUCUUUUUACAGUUCGAAGAGGACUAAAGGUAGCAUGCUGCUAGGAGCAGGCUUACAGGGAAGAGCAUCUCCCUGGUGGCCACAGAGACUAAGGCCCCUAGGCGGAUCUUCUUAAGCGAGGGGAAAAAAAAAUGUUCAUAAAGCUGUCCAUUUUCCAAAAUGGAGCUUAAUUCCACCAGUUAGCCACAAUAGUUGCCAAACUAAAGACCCUUCUCUUUUCCGUCUCCUACUUCUUAUACUGUCUUCUCUCUGUCCUCUAAAAAAUCAUUCUUUCAUUU